AACUUUUUUGCACCACCCACCAUAGGUAGCCCGCAACACCGCAUCUCCGACGAAUUACCAUACGUAUCUCUUCACAUAGCAUUCGCGUACAAGCGAGCUUGCACUUGCUAGAGAUGAAAGCUUCCGAAGCCCUCGGGCUCUGCAAACUAGCCGACUCCGGGGUGGCAUCCGUCACAUCGCAAGCCCGGGUCGCAAAUCUCUGGGCGGGGAUGGGAUCGAUCAUACGCCUCGAGUGUUCCGGUGGCUCACAGAAGUCGAUCAUAGCGAAGCGAAUUCGUUGUCCCUGCGAUCCGUCGUCCAUCGGUGAUCAACGCAAGGCUGCCUCGUAUCGCGUGGAAGCCUCUUUCUACGCGAGCAAAUACUGCCGGGAGCUCUCGGAGGAGGGCAUCUGCUGCGAGGGAUUGCACACCGAAGACGACGGGAAGGGAUCGAUCACGAUCCUAAUGAGGCCCCUCCCGAACGAGACCCUGUCGUACAUGGAAGGGAAAGUGGCCGAGGCCGCGGUCAGGUCGGUGGCCAAGCUCCACGCCUAUUUCUGGGGAAGCGAAAGAGCUCGCGAAGCGGUGGAGGAGACGGGACUGGCCGAGCAGGGAACCUACUGGUACCUGGACACACGGCCCGACGAAUACGACCGCAUGGACGGCAACCGUGGGCUCUCCGCGAGGCUCAAGCGCGCCGCACAUGGCAUCGAUGCCGCCCUCAAGGAGCACGAGUACCAGACGAUCUGCCACGGAGAUCUCAAGGCGUGCAACAUGUCGCUGAGCCGAAACCCCGACUUUGUGACGCUCGUGGAUUUCCAGUACCUCGGAAAGGCCUGCCCGGCGAAGGACCUCGCCUACCUCUUUGUUUGUGGCAUAGACGUGGACGACGACUUUGAGGCGCGACGGGAAGACGAACUCCUUAGGUUGUACAUCGAGGAAUUGGCUGCAAACGGCGUGGGCGACGACGCCGAUGCCCCGCUUCCAACGAUGGAAAAAUUGAAAGAAGCACUGUACGUCAGUGCGAGGUGUUGUGCUCGGUUUCGGAAGCUCGAACCGAUUCCUUUUUCCUAACAGUGCUGCAACUUGCUUAAUUCGUUGGUCUGGCCACCAUGUUCUCUCAUUUUUGUUUCGUUUUUGUAUCUUUUUGGUUUGCUUCGAAACAAAUAUGCAAACAGAGACUUGUCCUAUUGUGAUUUGUAUCGUUGGAUGCUCGGCUGGGGAGUUUGGGGAAAUGGAUUUUUGGAGGGACGAGUAGAAGCUUGUAUGAACAAUUAUGGCAGCAUGUAUAACUAGUUUGAUGCCAGGUAGUAACUGUUUGCCUUCUCUCGAAGGUAUCAUAAAUAAAGGGUUUAUCC